AUGGGAUAUAGUAACAAUGUCACAGAAUUUUUCCUCCUGGGCCUUACUCAGGAUCCUGACGGGAAAAAAGCAUUAUUCAUCCUGUUUUUACUCAGCUACAUUGUGACGAUGAUGGGCAACCUGCUCAUUGUGGUGACUGUCAUUGCCAGCCCCUCUUUGGGCUCCCCAAUGUACUUCUUCCUUGUCAAUCUGUCACUCAUGGAUGCUGUGUAUUCCACUGCCAUUUCUCCCAAGGUGAUCAGAGAUUUACUCUAUGAGAAAAACACUAUUUCUUUUCCAGCCUGCAUGGGCCAACUCUUCAUGGAGCACUUUCUUGGUGGAGCUGAGGUGUUCCUUCUGGCGGUGAUGGCCUAUGAUCGCUAUGUGGCCAUCUGUAAGCCACUGCACUAUUUGACAAUCAUGAAUCGACAGAUUUCUAUCCUUCUAUUGGUGGUGGCCUGGGUUGGAGGUUUUGCCCACUCUGUUGUUCAACUUGUCUUUGUGUACAAUCUCCCUUUCUGUGGCCCCAAUGUUAUUGACCACUUCAUCUGUGAUAUGUACCCAUUGUUGAAACUUUCAUGCACUGACACCUACUUCAUAGGCAUCUCUGUGGUUGCCAAUGGUGGAGCAAUCUGUAUGGUGGUCUUUAUCCUUCUCCUAAUCUCCUAUGGAAUCAUCCUAAACUCUCUUAAGACUCAGAGUCAGGAAGGGAGAUUCAAAGCCCUGUCAACCUGCAGCUCACACAUCACAGUAGUUGUCCUAUUUUUUGUUCCCUGUAUUUUUAUGUAUGUUAGACCUGUUUCCAACUUUCCUAUUGAUAAAUCUGUGACUGUUUUUUACACAGUUAUUACUCCUAUAUUGAAUCCUUUAAUAUACACCUUGAGAAGUUCAGAGAUGAAAAAUUGUAUGGAAAAACUCUGGUGUAAAAUAUUACCCACAGAUCGAAUAAGAACGUCUUCAUGUUGA